GUGUUCUGCUCCCACGGCCCGACAGUGAUCAUGCCCACCUGGUUCUGCUCGAAGGCGUGGUUUUCCCACGUGGGCCCCUUCGAUGAGGGGGGUCAGGGAGUCCCCGAGGACCUGCUCUUCUUCUACCAACACCUCCGGCGGGGCGGCGGGGUCGUCCGUGUGGACCAGACCCUGCUCCUCUAUCGCUACCACCCGCACGCGGCCACACACGCCGUGCUCGAGUCCACCAUCUGGACCCACCGUGUCCACUUCCUGGAGGAGCAGGCCCGUGGUCGCGUUCUGUGACGUCGACGAGAACAAGAUCAGGAAGGGUUUCUACUGCCAUGAGGAUUCCCAGGAAAGGCCCAAGCCCCGGGUCCCCAUCCUACACUUCCGAGCCGCCCGGCCGCCCUUUGUCAUCUGCGUGAAGCUGGACCUCACUGGAGGCGCGUUUGAGGACAACCUCAGGUCCCUGCAGCUGCAGGAGGGCCGGGACUUCCUUCACUUCAGCUGAUCACAGCGGCCACUCCCAGGUGGGCCUCCCUGCCCCAUUUCCCUGCCUACUCGAGUGGUCUGCGCCUCGGGCUCCGCAGCGCCACGGGCAUCUCUCAGGCAACUGUCCGCUGUGACACACGCAUCUUGUCACCUGGCAUCACACCCGUGUGUGGUGCUUGGGGACCUUGUGGCCCUGAUGUCAGUCAGGAGCUCAAUUGCAGGUGCGGUGGACGUGUCCCGAUUCUCGGCAGCCCACCCUCCCGCAUCUGGACCUCAAACCCCACACAUGAAGCAGGGCGCCAGCCGCUCCACGUGACACGCAUGGCAGCCACUGUGCCACCUACAGCUCUGGGCCUCUGUGGCCACACGUGAGCUCUAAGCCCCCAGGCAGGCGUGGGCUGCUGAGGUUCCUUUUCACGCAGUCAGCUACUGGACAGCUCAGCAGGGGCUCAGGCCCGUGGGGGCAGAGACCUAAAGCCUGUACGCGGCCUCGGCAGCGGCGUGAGGGGCUCCCUGCACCCCCUGGGAGAGCACUUGAGGCUGGGGGCCCUGGUCACGAGGCCCGUGCUGGCCGGGCCGCAUGACCUGGUCCCUGAGUGCAGGACGCCAGCCGCCCCCACCCCCACAGCAGGCCCAGGAGCAGGACCUGCCCAGCCCUCGUUCCUCCGGCAGUUACCACAGCGCCCCUGGCUGAAAACCCUGCACGGCCUCACGAACGGCUGGGCGGGCCCUGGCAGCGCGGGCUCUGGCGGGCAGCUCCCCUGGCAAGGCUGCCCCAGACCCCAGGGAUGACAAGGCAGAGGCAGGAGCUGCUCGGACGGGGGU